UGAAUUUAAAACGUAAAAGGUUGGUGGUGUAGCAUAGAACAACAAGAAAUCCGAAAUCCCAAACGAAAUUGAUGGAUAAUAACAAGGAAUGGCAUCUUCGCAUCUCACCUUAGAUUCUUCUGUCGACAUCGUUUGCGUCUUAAAUUUCGCUUCUAUUCUCAUUUCUUUUCGUCACUCUUUAAAUUAACAAAAUGGGUAGUGACAAUUCAAACGAUGAUUUAUUGGGAGGAGAAGAAUGUUGUGAAAGAGAAGGGAAAGGGAAAAGGUUAUGGAAGAAGGUCAAGUAUCAGCUUGUUGAAUAUCAUUCUUUGCCAGCUUUUCUAAGAGAUAAUGAAUACAUUCUUGGUCAUUAUCGAUCUGAAUGGCCUAUGAAGCAAGUUUUGCUUAGUAUCUUCAGAAUCCACAAUGAAACUCUCAAUGUUUGGACGCAUUUGAUUGGGUUCUUCCUGUUCCUGGCAUUGACCAUAUACACCGCCAUGAAAGUUCCACAGGCUGUAGAUCUUAGUUCGCUGCCGCAUUUGCCCGACUUCCUCAAGAAUGCUGACCUGCAUAAGCUACAAUCAGAACUUUUGACGUGUCUACCUUCCAUGCCUGAUUUGCAAAGACUCCGGGAACUUCUGUAUAAUUGUUUGCCUGGAAGAUUUUCCAGUAGCAAUCAUACUGAUGUAUGUGUUUUGCACAAUGUAAAAGAGGACCUGGCGAACAUAAUAGCACCACUGGUGAUUAGACCAAUUACAAGGUGGCCUUUUUAUGCAUUUUUAGGUGGUGCCAUGUUUUGCUUGCUAGCUAGCAGUGUUUGCCAUCUUCUCUCGUGCCACUCAGAGCGUGUAUCAUACAUUAUGCUCAGGCUUGACUAUGCUGGAAUUGCGGCUUUGAUAUCUACCUCUUUUUAUCCUCCAGUAUAUUACUCAUUUAUGUGUUAUCCAUUUUUCUGCAACCUUUACUUGGGUUUUAUUACUAUACUGGGCAUUGCCACCAUGUUGGUUUCGCUCCUACCAGUUUUUCAAACUCCAGAAUAUCGCACCACCCGUGCAUCCCUCUUUUUAGGAAUGGGUUUGUCCGGUGCAGGACCUAUUCUGCACAAGCUUUUUCUGUUCUGGGGUGAACCUGAGGUGUUUUACACAACUGGUUUGGAGAUUCUUAUGGGUGCUUUAUAUGGAAUUGGGGCACUGGUUUAUGCCACCAGGAUUCCAGAACGAUGGAUGCCUGGGAAAUUUGACAUUGCUGGACACAGUCACCAAUUGUUUCAUGUAUUGGUUGUAGCUGGAGCAUACACUCAUUAUCAUGCAGGGUUAGUUUAUCUCAGGUGGCGUGAUCUUCGGGGCUGUUGAUUUGUUGAGAUGAUUGGUAAUUGAAUGCUCUGUUGUUAUUGUAUGAGUAGUCUCUGCAAACUCCCUCCUCUAACUGAUGCAAUUUGUGAUUAUUGAAGAGGAGGGGAUGUUUAUGUAACCAUAUUAUAGGCAUUAUGUACACGCACAUAGAAUCCUCAAUUUCAAUGCGUAAGUGAGCAAUAAAAUUUCAUUUGGACUA